UGCAGCCCGGUGACGCUUGACAUCUCCUCGGUGUGAAUCUGGAGUCUUUGGCACAGACACACACACUCUCUCACACACUCGCGCACUCGGAGGCUGCGCGCUCUCAGCUCCGUUACAUUCCUCCGAGGUUUCUUCUUCUUCUUCUUUCCAUCCUGGGAUUUGAAACUUGAGGACUUUAAUUCGUCGCAGAGGGAGAACAAACGCUACAUUUGACGGACCCUGUGGUGCAUGUAGCGGGCAGGCUGGCUGUCUGUCUGCGCGGCGCACAGCGGUGCUGCUGGACCAGCCGAGAACGCACCAAGUCCCGUCCCACACCCCCGUUUUUUCCCCACGGUGUCCCGCAGGCUUCAACCAUGAUUCUCCUCGGGAUUGUGCUCUUUGUCUCCUUCUCAGGUGUGUCACCUCUCUCAGCACCCAUCUUCCCCUACCCGCCCUCAUCCACUGACUGUGUGGAGGCCCACCGGGUGUGCGCGAUGGACCCCCGGUGCGAGGCGUUAUACCGGGGUUUGGAGCUGUGUGCGGCUGAUGCUGCCGUGUCUCCCCUGGGUGAGCAGGUGGCUGCUGAGUGUCUGGAGAGACAGGACGCCCUGCUUGCCCGGCAUCCCGCUCUUAUCGCCUGCAAGUGUCAGCGUGGCCUCCGCAAAGAAGAGCAGUGUCUACAUAUAUACUGGAGGGUUCGUCUGAUGCCAGGGGAGGAUGAACUGGAAAUUUCUCCCUAUGAUGACACUCUAAUGGAUACUCGCAUGGCCUCCUUAGUGGCAGCCUCAUCCUUCAUGCAGUUGGAUGGUGAGAAUCAGUGCCUGAAGGCAGCACAGGACUGUGGGUUAUACGAGAAGUGCGGUUCCCUGCGAUCAGAGUAUGUUCUGGCAUGCACCAAAAGGAUGCCUGGGACCAACCGAUGUAACCAGCACAAGUGCCACCGGGCUCUACGGCGUUUCCUGGAACGGGUGCCUGAAGAGUACAGCCUGGGCGUCCUGUUCUGCCCCUGUACAAACACCCUGUGUGGUGAGAGGAGGAGGAAAACCAUUGUACCCUCCUGCUCCUACCAGGAGAUGGAUGGUCUGCAACCUAACUGCCUCCAUCAGCAGAGCUUCUGCCGCAGAGAUGACCUCUGCAGGUCCAGAUUGGCUGAUUUCCUCAACAACUGCCAGCCUUCUCCUCUGACAGCCAGCGGCUGCCUGAAAGACUCUGCCGGCCUGUGCCUCCGAGCCUACGCUGGACUCAUUGGAACCAUCAUGACUCCAAACUACAUCAGUAACAGCUCUGCAGACGUGUCGCUGUGGUGUAACUGUGAAGGCAGUGGGAACCAGUGGCAGGACUGUCUGAGACUGCAGCGCAUGUUCACACACAACAUCUGCCUGCGCAACUCUAUAAGUUGGAUGGGAAGCCCCAGCUCCCUGCCUGCAGACAUCACCCCCCCUCCGGCUCCCAGACCCUCCCCGCUGGUUCAGGAGGACGAGCUGCUGAGCAACAACCACCUUCCUGAACACAACAACAUCGUGGUGGAGAGUGAAGAAGAGGAGGAGCUGACUCAGAUUGAGGAGGAGAGCAACGAAGGUGGUCAGUUUGAUGUCAUCCCGCUGUACUCAGAGAGAGCCACCGUCUCCAACCUGGGUUCGUCCGGCACCGGGGGCGCUGCAUCGCUCCCCACUGGCCCUCCUGCACCCGUCUUACUGCUCCUACUGCUCCUGAGCGCCUCCUUCAGUUGGGGGUAAAAUGGAGCUCAUCGUGAAGACACAUACACAUACAUUCACACAUGCAAAUAUACACAAUCACAUAAUGGACCUGCCAGAAAUCCUGGACUGAUGGCUGUGAAUUGAAAGGAAGCAAAGUGAAGAAAAGGACUUCACAUUUAGUCAGUAGCAUCCCCUUGAUUCCCAGUUUUCUGUCCCCGCUUUGUUCCUUUUCUUCUUUGCAAUGGCACUUUGUUUAUGGUGGUCUGACUGCAGCUGAAGGUGUGUAUAAAUGUCCUGGGAGCACAGAAGACCAGGUCAAGGUAGGGGUGUUCACACGCUGCCAAAAAACCUAUAAUCAUCAUGUAUGUAGCUGAAACUGUUGGAGUAUUCUUCGCUGUCAGCAGCUGAGAUGAAAAAAAUGGUCACAUCAGUCUCCUAAUGUAAAACACGGACCACUUCACCACAACAAAAUGUACCUCUUUAUGCUACGUUCUUUGCCUGUAAGGUUGCGAAAGUGUUGCUCAACGAAUUGCAGCAGCUUUGUCUGAUAGCACGGCACAAACCUGUACUUUACUUACAAUUUUACUAAACAUUAUUUAUUUUUCCCCCAUUAAUUAUAAAACUACAAGACUGUUUUUACUGAAAUGGCACACCUAAAAAGGAAAGCUUGCACAAAAAGGACUCGUAAUCAUUGGAAUUGGAUGUACAGGUCCCCAUUUGAAUGUAACCACCAUCCUGUUUGUGAACGGUGCUUGGCGAAAACACAAGGAUGACUUAUUCCAAGGACAGCUGGUGUAAAUGUGUUAGCCCUUCCUUUCCUGUAAAAUAAAGAUGAGAAAAUUAUUCUUUAAAAUUUGAAGCCGGAUUGAGUGUUGAGGUAAAUAUUGAGGAGUUAAUGUUACCCUGCUAAUGCAAUUUCUGUUUUGUGUUAGCUUCAGUUAGAUAUACAUCCUGGUCUAUCUGUGAGAAAGUGCAGCCUCAUAAAAGUUUUUUUCUGUAUCAUCUGAAUAAGCCAUAUUUGAGUUUGCCACUAUGUCUUUCCAUAUGUAAACCUAAUGUCUCCAAAACAUCACAAAUAAACAAAUGUGCUGAUUGUGCAUUGCCAGCUUUGCUUGCAGCAUAGUGCCAUAUGUGGCUGUACAGUAAUGUUGUGCAAAUCCUUGAUUUGAUCAUCUGAAGUUUAUCAGCGUGGAAAAUGAAAAGCUGGAAAG